UCUUUCCUUCGAAGAAUUAAGCAAGAAGAGCUCCUAGAGCCCCAGUUAAACACACACACACAGGCAUUAGAUCCCAUUCUCUCGCUUUCUCCUUCGGCGAUCACACCUAAUUGAGAAUGGCGAUCUCUCGCUUUCCCCUCCUCGCCACUGCGGUCGCGCUAUUCGUCGUAGCCGCCUCCGCACAAGGCCCAGCACCAGGCCCGUCCCCGCCGUCAUCUCCAGCCCCUACACAGGCUCCUCCGCCGGCCCCGCUGGCUCCUCCGCCGGCCCAGACGUCUCCUCCGCCAGCCCCGAUGGCUCCUCCGCAAUCUCCUCCAGCACCGGCCCCCGCCCGGCCGGAGAAGGCCCCAGCUCCAGCUCCCAAGAUCGCGAAGGUGACGCCGCCCGCCUCGCCCCUCGUGUUUCCCCCCUCCCCCGGCCCCAUGCCAUCCGACGCCCCCAUGUCCCCUGCCCAAGCCCUCCGCCCCGCCUCUUGGAUCAUUGCCGCCACCGCCGCCGUUGCCGCCGUCGCCUACGCCUUCUAAAUUGUCUUCAGAGGAUCGACUACGUACGUACGUGCCCUUCUCACGUUCAUGCAAUAUAUAUAUAUGUGCGUGACUAAUGAUUGUAAUUGUUGGGUUAUUAAUUAAUCUUCACGCACUAUGCACUGUUAUCAUAGUAUUGAGAAUUUCGUUUCUUUUUUUUUUGUUUCUUCUAAUUUUUGUUUCAUAUUGUAUUUUUUAUCUGCCGGAUUUGAUGAGUAAAAGCCACUGCUAAGCGCCUACAGUGUUCUUUGUAAUAUUAUUCCUGGUGUAAUUCUUUCUCUUGUAUUUCCUUAGCAAUAAAAGAAAAAAAUAUAUAAAACUUAUCUCAA